AGGUUACGUCACUAACCAUCGAAGAAGUAGCAGCGGCAGUUUGUAGCGGUGCUAACUUAUGCGUUCCGUUUUGUUUGUUUAAUUUGCAAUUACAGUUGGAAAUGAACAUUUGAAAGCAGAAACAAGGACUGGUGGCUGUUACACGAUCCGCCGAAAUGAAGCUGAAUAUCGAGGGUCUGCUGGUCUAUUUCCCCUAUGAUUACAUCUAUCCGGAGCAGUACUCCUACAUGCUGGAGCUCAAGAGGACUUUGGAUGCAAAGGGUCAUGGCGUCCUGGAGAUGCCAUCGGGAACAGGGAAGACCAUCUCUCUGCUGUCCCUCAUCGUUGCCUACCAGAAAGCCUUUCCUUUGGAAGUGACCAAGUUGAUUUACUGCUCCAGAACCGUCCCUGAAAUCGAGAAGGUUGUGGAGGAGCUCAGGAAGCUGAUGGAGUUCUACGCCAAGGAAACCGGAGAAGCGAACAACUUCAUGGCUCUGUCUCUAUCCUCCAGGAAAAACCUGUGCAUCCACCCCGAGGUCAGCUCUCUACGUUUUGGGAAGGAGGUGGACGGGAAGUGCCACAGCCUGACGGCGUCAUACGUCCGCGCACAACGCCACAGCAAUCCCAACCAGCCUGUCUGCCGCUUCUACGAGGAAUUCGAUGCAGUCGGGCGACAGGUACCUCUUCCACCCGGCAUCUACAACCUCGAUGACCUGAAGGAAUUUGGCAGGAGGAAAGGCUGGUGUCCGUACUACCUGGCCCGCUACUCCAUUCUGCACGCCAACAUCGUCGUGUACAGCUACCACUACCUGCUGGACCCCAAGAUAGCGGACCUGGUGUCCAAGGAGCUGGCCAAGAAGUCAGUGGUGGUGUUUGAUGAGGCUCAUAACAUCGACAACGUGUGCAUCGACUCCAUGAGCGUGAACAUAACUCGGCGAAUGCUGGACCGCUGCCAGACCAACGUGGACACGCUCCAGAACACCAUACAAAAGAUAAAGGAGACGGAUGCUGCUAAACUGAGGGAGGAGUACCGGCGCCUGGUGGAGGGUCUGAAAGAAGCCAACGUUGCCAGGGAGACGGACAUCUACCUGGCGAACCCAGUGUUGCCUGACGAGAUCCUGCAAGAGGCGGUCCCCGGCUCGAUCCGCACGGCCGAGCACUUUGUGGGUUUCCUGAGACGUUUCCUGGAGUAUCUGAAGGCGCGUCUGCGGGUCCAGCACGUGGUUCAGGAGAGCGCCCCGCAGUUCUUAAAAGACAUCUUUGAUAAAGUCUGCAUUGACCGCAAGCCUCUCAGGUUCUGUGCAGAGCGGCUGCAGUCGUUACUGCGGACCCUGGAGAUCGCAGACAUCGCCGACUUCUCCGCCGUUACCCUCAUCUCCAACUUCGCCACGCUUGUCAGCACCUACAGCCAAGGUUUUACUAUCAUCAUUGAGCCUUUUGAAGACAGAACUCCAACCAUCGCCAACCCCGUGCUGCACUUCAGCUGCAUGGACCCGUCUAUAGCCAUCAAACCCGUUUUCCAGAGGUUUCAGUCGGUCGUCAUCACCUCGGGGACUCUCUCUCCGUUGGACAUCUAUCCCCGCAUCCUCGACUUUCGGCCGGUCACCAUGGCGUCCUUCACCAUGACGCUAGCGCGCACCUGCCUCUGCCCUCUGAUUGUCGGCCGGGGCAACGACCAGGUGGCUCUGAGCUCCAAGUUUGAGACGAGGGAGGACUUCGCUGUGAUCCGUAACUACGGCAACCUCCUCCUGGAGAUGUCGGCGGUCGUCCCUGACGGGAUCGUGGCGUUCUUCACCAGCUACGUCUACAUGGAGAACAUAGUGGCGUCCUGGUAUGAGCAGGGAAUCCUGGAGAACAUCCAGAGGAACAAGCUGAUCUUCAUUGAAACCCAGGAUGCAGCGGAGACCAGCAUGGCUCUGGAGAAGUACCAGGAGGCGUGUGAGAACGGCAGAGGAGCCAUCCUCCUCUCUGUGGCCAGAGGGAAGGUGUCUGAAGGAAUAGAUUUCGUGCAUCAUUUUGGCCGAGCGGUGAUCAUGUUCGGAGUCCCGUACGUUUACACUCAGAGCCGCAUCCUGAAGGCUCGGCUGGAGUACCUGCGGGAUCAGUUUCAGAUCAGAGAGAACGACUUCCUGACGUUCGACGCCAUGCGGCAUGCGGCUCAGUGCGUGGGCCGAGCCAUCAGAGGCAAGACGGACUACGGCCUCAUGAUUUUCGCAGACAAGCGAUACGCUCGCGCAGACAAACGCGGGAAGCUGCCGCGGUGGAUUCAGGAGCACAUCAGCGACGGCAGUCUGAACCUCACCGUGGACGAGGCCGUCCAGCUCUCCAAGCACUUCCUGCGGCAGAUGGCUCAGCCUUUCAGACAGGAGGACCAGCUGGGUCUGUCUCUGCUGACCCUGGAGCAGCUGCAGUCGGAGGAAAUGCUGCAGAAAAUCUCUCAGAUAGCUCAUCAGACCUAAAACAAAGACAAUCCAAAGUGGGGAUUAUGUCGUCACCAAAGCAUCGCCUCUCCGGAUAUUUUAGGUUUAUCAGUCUUUGGGAGAUUUCCCCCCCUCAAAGAAUCAGAAAAAGUCAAAAACUGGAUUUAUUUCCAUUUUUUUUGUUGCAUGGAGCACUUUUUCUUUGCUACUUGAUGCCUUCAGGCCACUAGUCUGCAUUUGUAAAGCAACAUUUGAAGAUGGCAGCCAGUGUUUCAAACUAUUCAAUUGGCAAAGAAAACAAUUUAGGCCUAUAACUUUUAUUUUUAUUUGAAACAAAUUUUGGCUGAGACCAGAUUCAGUUUUAUUUUACAUUUAAAAAGGCAAAAAGCUGCUUACAGUGCUUUACUGAUAGGAACCUGUACUCCUGUCCUCAGAUCGGCCUCCAGGCCAGAACCAACACCCAAAACGACCUCCUCAGUUUGUCAACCUGUGGAUCAUGUAAACAGAUUUAUUUUGUGAAAAGGCUUUCUUUAACUGUUACAGGUGAAACUUGCUUUUUGUUAAAAAACAACAAGAAAUCUUGAUUUUUACAAACAGGAUGAAGGCAUGCGGGGGGAAAAUGUUUCUAAAGUGUCUGUUGUACAGACUUAAACCACCUCCUGUUCUGGCUGUAAAUAGACAAUUUUUAUACGUUUGUCUAUAAAUGUUGAGUCAAUAAAGCAAAACUCUGACUUUGUAUUAACUCUGACCUGAAACAUUACUGUUGCCCAUGAAAGCUUUGAACUUUU